AUCAAAAUUAUGUGGAAACUAUUGCUCUGAUAUAUUCAAAAUGUUCAACAUAUUCUUCUUUUUUCUGUAUAACAACAUAUUUUAAAUUCUGAACAUGAUUAGUUGCUCAAAUAUGUCAAUAAAUUAUGUAAUGCAUUCUUAUCUUUUCCUUCUCCAGUAUGUUAACCGUGCUUGUGAGAACCUCAUGGGGUACUCGGUAGAUGAUGUGGCUGGCCGCAGUUUAUGGGAGAUACACAGCUCUGGCAAUCACAAGCACAGAACUUCAGUUGAUUUUAAAACAUCAUUGGAGCAUCAGAGAGCAGGAACAGAUCACAGACAAAUAUCGGAUCAUAGACAGACAGUUGAGCACAGAACGGGCGAGUCUAAAGUUAACUUAGAUAUCUCAGAAGCUGUCAACAUGCAAAUGAGACGGGGAAGAGAAUGGGAAGGUGUGGUUACAUGUCGGCGGAAAUCUGGGGACACAGUAAACCUACCUUCAAAAGUUAUUCCUAUUGCACCACUUAUGAGAAAAAAUGAAUACUAUGUGUACAUGAGUGACACUCAUGCACUUGAUCGACUAGAAUUUUCUCAUGCGGACCAUUUUCAUCCUCGUGGCUCAAUCAAAUCCCUCAGGAAAGGUUCUCAUGAUAUUCGCUCACUGAAUAGUGAUGGGGGGCCUGUAGAAAGCGAUCACCCGGGACGCGUUCUGAGUGCCCCUGUUGAGCGAGAGAAGUUUACCUUUAGCCGCAACCUGAACUUUGAAACUUUGAACAUUUUAGAGGGGACUCAAAACAUCAUUCGCCGUCAAAGCUUGGUCAAACUCCAUUCCCUUACAAUUGAGGCUCCAAUCACGCGAGUUUUCAACAUAAUCACUGCUGCUCAGGAGAACUCGCCUGCUUAUGUUGCACAAGCUCUGGAGAAGGUUCUGGAGAUAUUGCGAUCUACAGAACUCUAUUCACCACAGCUCAUAUCGGCUACCCCAGAUAAUGUCAGACCUGUGCCGGCCGACCCCGUAGCAACUGAUCUCCUUGGGGGACUUCUCUCGCAAGGCCCUAAGCCCUUGCUGUCUGUUCGCCGUAGCAGUAACGACACAGCUACCAAAGUUAGUCAGUUACCACGGCCAUCUCUUCCUGCCCUCCACCAACAAGCCUCAGCAGCUAUUCGGGAACUCUUGGCAGAUGAUAUGUCCUGGAACUUUGAUGUCAUUAAACUUGAAAAAAUCUCUGACAAAAGACCGCUGGUGUGGCUUGGUAUGAGUUUGUUGUGUAGAUUUGAUGUACCAGAUACACUGGGCUGUGAUGAGCAAACUUUACAAAAUUGGUUGACACUCAUUGAGGCCAACUACCAUACUGACAACACUUACCACAACUCUACACAUGCUUCUGAUGUCCUCCAAUCAACUGCAUACUUCCUUAAUCAAGAACGAUUAAAACAGCUGAUGGAUCCUCUGGAUGUUGCUGCUUGUCUCAUUGCUGCAGUUGUUCAUGAUGUAGAUCAUCCAGGCAAAAACAGUGCUUUCCUAUGCAAUACCGACAAUGAGUUAGCUAUUCUUUACAAUGACCUGAGUGUGCUGGAGUCUCAUCAUGCAGCUGUUUCCUUCAAGUACACACAUUCAGAUGACCGCGUCAACAUCUAUAAAGCCCUGGAUCGAGACACUUACAAGCAUGUUCGCAAGAGCAUCAUCGACAUGGUGCUGGCAACAGACAUGACCAAACACUUCGAGCACUUAAGCAAGUUUAUCAACAUGUCGGGCAGCAGCAAGACGCCAGUCAAGGAUGAUGACACAGCAUCACUCGAUGGUGCAAGAUACUCUCCUGACCUGAUGUCAUUUGGGACGCCUGAAAACUUGGUUAUAAUCAAACGUAUGAUGAUCAAGUGUGCAGAUGUAAGCAACCCAGUUCGCCCACUUCAUUUGUAUAUUGACUGGGCUCAUCGUAUUGCUAAUGAAUACUUCACUCAGACAGAGGAGGAGAAGAAGCGUAAUCUGCCGAUUGUGAUGCCACAAUUUGACCGCACCACAUGCUCUAUCCCCAAGUCUCAAAUUGGCUUCAUUGACUUCUUCAUCAAUGACAUGUUUGAUGCAUGGGAUGCAUUAGCAGAUGUUCCUGAGCUGAUGGGCCAUCUUAGACGAAACUAUCAAUACUGGAAGGAACAGCAGGAAGCUGCAAAUGGUAAUACAGCCUCCAACAACCAACCUCUCAGUAAGGCUGAUGAAGAUGAACGCGAGGUUGAUGAACAAAAUGGUGCAAUUACUUGUAAAAAUAUUAAUCAAGAUGAAAAAGCAAGCUAGUGAUACGUGAUAUGUAGAAUAUCUCGGUCAAUGAAUACAAACUCUUUUUCAUGACGUGAUCAAUGUAUGAAAGGGGUAGCCUAAGUACUCUCAAGGUAACCUCGAGGGUAUGACCCAAAGCAUCCAGACUGGUGGAUAUAUUCAGUUUGUAAUUAUUUUAUUAUGAAAAUUUUUAAUAUAGUGAGGGCUAUUUCCCUCUGCCCCAAAUCUGAAUCUUGAGUUUUUGGGGGUUAUUACAUUGUGGUAAAAAGCUAAUCAAGAAUACAGUACUAUGCAUUUUCUCAGAAAAAAGCACUAAAGUUGUUAUAACUCAAGUUAGUAGACAAACUCAAGUGUAAUUCAGAUUUGUCGGCAUCUGUCACAUUUUCCAGGUCUCUUGCCUUGGAGGUCAACUUUCUUCUGUCUUGCUUGCUGUCUCUUUUAGUUCUCUCUUUUAACUUCAUAAAUGUUUGAAAAUUCAGUUUUUUUUAAAUGAACUGCAUUUACUAGUGUACAUUAUGCUGAUGAUGCACCUCAUACCUAGCAUGCUACUGAUCAUAGCCUUGACCUACUGAUCAAUCCUUGGCUUACUGAUCAUCCUAGGUUUAUCAUCACUAUCCUGGCCACGUAAUCAUAAUUGUGGAUUCGUGGUCAUAUUCCUUGGUUGGCAUGGUCUUCAGAGUUGAAGAUUCUUGCUUGACUUAGCAAGAGUCACGAGCUCUGAGGACCAUGCUAAGUAGUCAUCAUCUUACAUUAAUGAUCAUGAUUCUGGCCUGGUUAACAUGUUGCUGGGCAAGUGAUCAUGAUCACAAAAUGAUCAUGAUCACAAUUCACAAAGCUGGACAAGUGAUCAUUACAGUUGCAAGCUAAUGAUGCUAAACUUAUAAUAGUAAUUACCAUCCUGGCCUAUGAUCACAAUUUGAGGCUAGCAUUACCCUCGAGGCCUUUAUCCAUCAUGUUAUGGUAAUCAACUAAUGUAUCCAGUUGUUGACUCGUAUCCUCUAUUAUCUUGGUACUGGAGACCCAUGCUUGUGUAUACUAUCACUUGAUACCAUGAUUACAUUUUGUUGAGCAAAAUAUCAUGGAUCGUUCCAGCCAAGGUUCUUCUAGUCAAAUUAAAUCUAUUGCUUUGCUAGAGUGUGUUUGGGAUGGAGAGUCAGAAAAGUUUUCAUUAGUUGGUGUCAUAAAUUCUGUGCAGCUAGUCUAGUGGUAAGUAUAUUUUGCCAAGAGAUAUUAUCUGCCAUUGGUGCAGGAUAUUAUGUAAUGCUCAGCCUAUAGUAGAAUAUUCAUACUCUUGUCAGUGUUACCAUUAACUCUCCCUUGGUAUUCUUCAGAGAUUUAAUUUUACAUAUUAACUGUGGAGUUCAUAGCUGACCUUAAACCAGCAAUAUAUUACAUAUGGGAGUAGUUAACAAAAAGUGAGACAUGUAUAUAAAAAUGUCAAAAUACGUAAUCUAUUUUUUAAAGAAAAAAAGAUAUUAAGUACUAGAAGCAUAGAAUGAUAGAGUGAGUGCCAGAUGAGUGGGAGCUGGUCAGCAGAACUCCACCAGUGUUCCCUCAGCCACAAAUGAUAACACAGAGCUUUAGAGUAGUGCACAUGGGUGAUGCCCUGUAGGAAGUCUACCUGUAUUGUUAAAGAGAUUUGUAAGUUUAAAAGUGUCUCGUGUACCUGAAUGAAAACAAUUAGCAUACAUGUGUUGCAUAUAGUUACAUGGAUGGUGAUAUUUUCAUAAUGGUCAACAGCAUAAAGAGAACAAAUGUUGACUUACCAGAUUAUAAGUUAUUACACUGAGACACAUGGUAUAAUAUAUAUAUAUAUGUGCCCUUGUUGUAGUGGAAUUAACAUUUAUAUCUUGGUAAUAUUUUGCCUGUUUUUACCUGUCUGAUGUUGACAAAAUACAAAUUUACAACUGCUCCAACAAACCAAAUUAGUCUUAAAUAUUUUGGACCAGUAAGGCUCAAUUUUGUGUGUUAUUUAAAAACUGAACCUUACCGGAAGAAAGGCCUUAGGCAUUAAAUUGUUAGUUGAAAAUAGUGUGUUUGGAGUCUGAGUGUAGCUUUGGUGUUGUUUAUCUAGAUGCCUAACUUGGCAAGACAUGCAGGUGUUGAGUUAGGAUGAAAUAACAUUACAAGUUGUGUUUGAUUUUUUGCAUUAUGGUAAGAAGUGUUACAUCAGUGUAACAGCACAUAGAGCUUUACCCGAUCAAGCAGAAUUUACAUGUUUCCAUAUCCUAACUUUGGAAACAAUUUUGUUAUUUUGGUCAAGGGUCAACACAACCUCCUUUACUCAACACCUUCAUCCAUUUGCAAAGUUAAUCAGUGUUCAAAGCAGCACUUUAUAUAAAGUAUCAGAUCAGAGGCUAUUUAAGUCUUAAUUUUUUAAUAUAUAUAUAAGAGGUUCAAGAAGAAUUUUUAUAAAUAAUAUUGGUUCAUAUACACAGAUACAUAUAUCUUCUUAUAUUUUGUAAUACAUAAGGAUUUCCCAUUGUUAGUGCUUGCUGUCAUAGGUUAGGUGGGAGGGAACUUGUGUGACGUGCAUGCAUGCAAGAUGAUGAGUCUUUGUCAGUUUACAGAGAAAUAUGGAGGUUUUCUGGGGGGAGCCCCAUCGGCUCCCCGGAGCUAUCCCAGGCUGAUAUGCUAAUGUCAGACUUUGGCAUCAGUCAUGU